UUCUGGAACCACCAGACAGGCAGGUCCCUCUUCAGAAUGAAAUCUUCUGGACUUUUGAGCCUCCUGGUGCUAUGCAUCCUCUUCAUGAAUGUCCAGGGACCUGGUCUAAGUGAAUGGUUCUUUCCCAAGAGAUGCCCCAGAAUCAGAGAGCAAUGUGAAUUCAAGGAAAGGGACGUGUGUAAGAAGGACAGACAAUGCCAGGACAAGAAGAAGUGCUGCGUCUUCAGCUGUGGAAAAAAAUGUUUAGACCUCAAACAAGUUCUCGACUCCAGGGUGUCUUUGCAGAUAUAUGCACUAUGCCAAAAGAAACUGGCCCGUGCCUGGCUUUCUUUCGUCGUUGGUGGUACAAUAAGCAGAAUAAUACCUGCUCCGUUUUCAUCUACGGUGGCUGCCAGGGAAACAAUAACAACUUCCAAUCCAAAGCCAUCUGCCUGA